AGCAGAAGUAAAAUUUAUCCCAUUGUGUGUGUGUGUGUGAGCGUGAGAGAGAGAAAGGGGUAAGAGUAGAAAAAAUGGCAAGUUGGUAUGUAAUGUUUGUGUUUGCACUUGUACUUGUCCAUGCAACAGCAAGAAAUAUUCCCGAAGUGUCCAAACCAAACGAGCCUCAGACGCAGGCUCAUGAGGUUCAAACUCAUGGUUUAACUGUAAACACUGAGGUUAUAAGUACAGCUCCAACACCUAGUGAAGGACUUGAUGACCAAAAGAAUUUCAUGACAUUUGGUGGCGUUGGUGGCUGGGCAGGAGUUGGUGGCUAUGCUGGUGUAUUGCCAACUCUUGGUGGAAUUGGCGGCGGCAUGGGCGUCGGAGGUGGAAUAGGCGGUGUCAGUGGAAUUGGAGGGCUCGGCGGGCUUGGUGGCAUUGGCGGAGCAGCUGGCGGUGCCGGAGGACUUGGUGGUGUUGGUGGUUUAGGUGUUGGUGGUGGAGUUGGUGGUCUUGGUGGCAUUGGUGGUGGAGUUGGUGGUCUUGGUGGCAUUGGUGGUGGAGUUGGUGGUCUUGGUGGCAUUGGUGGUAUCAAACCCUAGAAACUUUUUGUUGCAUGCAUGUCCAAUUUUCCUAUGUUUGUGUCAAGUGUACGUUUAGUGUUUUGAAGUUUCCGAGUAUUAGUAGUAUUUUAAUUUCCUAGUUCACUGUGUUAUCUAGUGUUGUUCCUAAGUUAGGAUUUGGUUGUAUUAGGUUCAAUUUCCAAGUCACUCUAAUUGUUGGUUUGUCUUGUUUUUCUAAUUUAUCAUGUUUGUUUCUGGCUGAAAAA